AUGGAUCCGACCGGCGCGAACAUCACCUCGUUUGCACCAGAGGGCGAGACUGCCUUCGAUCUCUGGAUCGAGAAGUCUUUCCUCGACGGGUAUGCGCUCGCGGCUGUUGGAUACGGUGUCCUCCUUGCGCUGACCUGGCAGACCAUGCACUCGUUCUUCAGUCUGCCACAGAAGAGCCGGCCGUGGGGCUUGGUCGGGUACGCCGCGAUGAUCUUUGCAUUGGCCACCAUCGGCUUUGGGAGCGCGACGAAGAUCAACGAGCGGUCCUUCGUCCAAGACCGCAACGCGCCAGGCGGGCCCAGUGGCUUCGAAGUCAUCUCAUUCGCAUCGCCGGUGAACAUGAUGGGCGUCGUCGCAUACGUGAUGUUGAGCUGGAUUGCCGACGGCCUGGUGUUGUGGCGUUUCUGGCUCGUCUGGGGCUCCAACUACGUCUACACCAUCUUCCCGGCUAUGAUGCUGUUGGGCUCAGUCGCUACGUCCCUGGCGCUCAUCGUCACAAGCUUCCAGGUGGAGAACUCCUUCUGGGCCGCCCGCUCCGUCCAAUUUGGCACUGCAUACUGGUCCCUCUCCAUCUCGCUCAACAUCUUGCUUACACUGCUCAUCGCCGGGAGAAUCCUCGUCAUCCGCCGGCGCAUCAAGCGCUCGCUCGGGGCACAGCACGCCCAAAAGUACUUCUCCGCCGCGGCAAUGAUCAUAGAGUCAGCCUCGCUCUAUGCGGUCGUCGGUCUUAUCUUCAUCGUCACAUACGCCCGAAGUAGCUCCGUCCAAAACCUGGUCUUUCCCGCCCUGGGCCAAGUUCAGGGCAUAGCGCCAAUGCUCAUCCUUUCGCGUGUCGCGCAGGGCCGGGCCUGGUCACAGAGCACGAUCCAGGCCACGACUGCGUUGAGCAUCAACGGCGCGAAUGGCGCCAGCACGACCAACAUCGCACUUGGCAGCCUCGCCUCGCGACAGGGGGCCGGGCUCGACAGCUUCAAGGGCGUCCAUAUGGUCACAGACAAACACACCGAUUCGGAUUCCCUCCCGUAUACAGCGCGUGUGUAG